UUCCCCCCUCGGCAUGACUAUGAUGUAUCCGACCCAGGCCAGGACACACUUACAGUUGCAGACACUGAAAACCUCCUGAAGGCUCCCACCAUCGUGGGAAGAGCAGCACUGAACCCCAUCCUGUUCCGAGGAGUUGGGAUGGUGGCUGAUCCUGACAACCCGCUGGUGCUGGAUAUCCUGACCGGCUCUUCCACCUCUUACUCCUUCUUCCCAGAUAAACCCAUUACUCAGUACCCACAUGCAGUGGGGAAGAACACGCUUCUGAUCGCUGGACUCCAGGCUCGGAACAACGCCCGUGUGGUUUUCAGUGGAUCCUUGGAUUUCUUUAGUGAUGCCUUCUUCAAUUCUGCUGUGCAGAAAGCUACUCCUGGCUCCAAGAGGUACUCACAGACGGGUAAUUACGAGCUGGCCAUUGCCCUGUCCCGCUGGGUGUUCAAGGAAGAGGGAGUGCUGCGUGUCGGAGCCGUGUCCCACCACCGUGUGGGGGAACUCACACCUCCCAGUGCCUACACUGUCACCGACCUCGUGGAGUACAGCAUUGUCAUCGAGAAGCUUUCUGAUGGCAAGUGGGUCCCCUUUGAUGGCGAUGACAUUCAGCUGGAGUUUGUGCGCAUCGAUCCCUUCGUGCGGACCUUCCUGAAGAGGAAUGGUGGCAAAUACAGCGUGCGCUUCAAGCUGCCGGAUGUCUAUGGCGUGUUUCAGUUCAAAGUGGAUUAUAACCGCCUGGGUUACACCCACCUCUACUCCUCCACCCAGGUGUCCGUGCGUCCCCUCCAGCACACGCAGUAUGAACGGUUCAUCCCCUCAGCAUACCCGUACUAUGCCGGUGCCUUCUCCAUGAUGGUCGGUCUCUUCAUGUUCAGCAUCGUCUUCCUGCACAUGAAGGAGAAGGAGAAAUCUGACUGAGCUCCCCAUGGAGGGAGAGGAGCCUCUUCCCUGGCACUGGGCUGCACUCAGGCCCUUCGGUUGUAUCCGUGU